AACCCUGAGUUCUACCUACCUAUCCUAUUAAUUUGUCUUUCACUGCAGUCAAGAGAGAAAAUUCUUGUUGGUUUACAUAUUUUUCAUUAAUAAUAUUUUAUGAUUUAGUGUAUUAUUGUUAUAUCAAAUUCUUAAUAAAAGCAGUAGUUAUUGUGUUCGACCGUGUUGUACUUUGAAUAAAAAUGGAGUGGAUAGUACCUGUGAAUGAAAUGCUCCAAGACGAAAUCACAAAGCUGAACUACACCCUAAUACCUCCAGGAUACCAGGGGGAUGUCCGUAGUGUAAGAGUUGUGCAGGAGAGCCUGUCAAAGCUGAUCAACCAGCUGGGCGAGCAGUCGGCGGCUGCUCAGGGGCUCAACAAGGUCAUCACCACGGCAGAGAAGCUUCAGAAGUCCCCAUCAUACUCCUUGUACUUGCUCAAAGACGCUGACGCCAAAGGGGGCGCCGGAGAAGUGAUCGGACUGCUCAAGGUCGGACGCAAGCAUCUGUUCCUUUUCGAUGAUCGGGAUAAGGUGUGCGAGGUGGAGCCACUGUGCGUGCUAGAUUUCUUCGUGUCGCACGACCGGCAGCGGCGCGGCUACGGGCGCAUGCUGUUCGACCACAUGCUGCGCGAGGCUGGCGCGCGGCCGCAGCAGCUGGCCAUCGACGGGCCCUCGCCCAAGAUGGAGAAGUUCCUCGCCAAGAACUACGGCGUCGACAGGCUGAUCCGCCAGAACAACAACUUCGCUGUCGCGCCUAGCUUCUUUGACAGCCUGCGCGAUGUCAGGCUUUCUCUGCGACAGAUUCUGGAUAACAAGAAGAAGCGUACUGAGCUAGCUGGUACAGAAAUCGGCAAGGCGGAGACUGCAGCAGUAGCCCCCGCAGCCGUCGGCCGCUUCGCCGCCCCCAAACCGCACUCAGCUAUCGCCAAUGUCAUCCACGGCGGCGACGGAGGCGGCUUCUUCCAUGAUACCAGCAACGGCAGAGGUUCCCGCGCGACUACUCCGGCGACGGCGCCGGCACCGGCGUCCUCCGCGCCGGAGCCCGAGCCGGCGCCGGAGCCGCUCCCCGAGCCGGCGGCGAACCCGUCGCGGCCGAGCUCGCUGCGCGUGGAGCCGGCGUCGACGGCCACCCGACCGCGCUUGUCCGCGCCCUCGCCCGCGCCUUCGCCCGCCGCCGCUGGCCGACGAGACUCGCAACUCACUGAACUCGGUUACUUCGACGUUAAGUUCUACCACAACAAGCUGUGGUAGGCUACUGCAGCCGCCACUCUUCCAUCGAAGCGACAAUCAAAAGUGAAGCACUUAAUGAUAAGGAGCUUCGUUCACACCGAAGCUUUGCUAGCACUCGCCUCUUGUCUAUACUCAACUGUUCGAUGUCGAUGGUGUAAUAGUGGACAACACCAAAAUUAAUCUAAGUCCAAACUGCUGUCAUUUUUCGAGCAGGCAUAUCCUAUCGAAUCACUACUGAAACAUUCCUUGAGUGACGCGGUCGGUCAGCCCAUUGUGGACCAAAUAUUUUAAUUAAAGUACCUAUCGGUGUAGUUGUUUUCUUUUAUUUAUUUUAUUUACUUAUCGGUGAUUCGUGUAGGUUUGUUCCAGCCGGUGAUGCGCGGCAGCCUGGAGCACGUCUGCCUGCUCGAACCAUUAAUCUGUCCGUUAUUUGAACAGUAACAUUUGCCGACAGCUAAGAACUGCAACGACUCACUGUCCAAAUACCGGUUGCUUAGCUUCAUUUGUCAAAGCUUUCCCAUUAAAGUAUACUAGCCUUUUGUCUAUAAAUGUAUUAUUAUACGUAAGUAGCCUGUAGGAGGUGUGAAUCGGGCGGGCGAAGCCACGGUCACACACUCAGCGCACAAUCAUCUCAACAUUAUAAACUGAGAGGUCUAUCGUGAACGUUGUGACAGCAGUCUAUGCUAACCAUCUAAUGUUAGAAGUAGGUAAUUUGAUUUAAUUUUCUUUUUCCCAAUUUUUAUUUAUCAUACUAAUGAAUUUUAUUUCAACCAAAUAUUAUAUAUGAUUUUAUUUUUGAAAUUAUUUAUUUAGAUUUAAGACAUUGUGAAUGAACUAUGUGGAGCUUGACACAUCUGGUAUUCAUCUGAAAACUUAAUUAUGACUGAUUUAUUAGAUGCUCAUAACUUGUUGCAUUUGUAUUGUUAGUUGUAACCUAAAUAUAUUGAAUGUACUCCGCUCCUAAUGAUUUGAUGAAUGUAUUGUUUGUUUGUAGUUCCAAUAAACUAAUUUAUUAAUA